CGAUCGCGUGAGCUGCUGCGGCGACGUACGGCAGUGGCAGUCGGUUAAAUGCCUCUGCCUCCGAAUGCCUCGUACGCACGUACAGUACAUACAUCUGUUGUGCGAGCGGCGCGGUGCGCCGUGGUCCUAAUGUAGUCGAUGUUGUACGAGCGAGUGGUGUGUGCGCGCGUUCUCUCUCUCUCUCUCUCUUUCUCUACCUGUCACGAGCGACCGCGCUAUCAUCGCCCCGUUGGGCGAUGAGAGUUUUCGCGAUCCGCGAGUGAUUGAAAGCCGACGGAUAUUACCCGCCUGUCUGCCCACAUCGCCACUGGGAUCAUGACGGUUACGUGUGCUGGCGAACGCGUCAUCAUGCAAGGAACGCAACGAUUGUAAGACAAACGUGAAGGCUUCGAGAUGGCUAGCAAAACUGACGACGCAGCGUCUAUCGACAAUCCUAAUGAUGGGGAGAGUCUUGAUAAAGAAAUAUUGAUGAUCGGUGAAAACGAGGGAGCAAGAAUUCCACCGACGUAUUUGUAUAAUACGGGAUCGGAACAAAGUACAGGAACCUCCGACCAAGAACAAACCAUUCGAAAUCGUACUCCAGCCAACGAGGAUCAAUUAGGUCCGUUACCAACUAAUUGGGAGAAGGCGUACACGGACACAGGAGAAGUUUAUUUUAUAGACCACAACACGGGCACAUCUCAUUGGCUAGAUCCACGUCUGUCGAAAUUUCAAAAGAGAUCUUUGGAAGAAUGUCUCGAUGACGAAUUACCCUACGGUUGGGAAAAAAUCGACGACACUCUUUACGGUACAUAUUUUAUCGAUCACGUAAAUCGUAGAACACAAUACGAAAAUCCGGUCUUGCAAGCGAAGAGAGCGCAACAGAACAUGCUCGAGAGGAAGAGUCCCAACUUCACCAGAAAUCCCGACAAACUCAAAGGUCAGAGGAUACGUACUGCCUUGAUAAAGAGUUCACGGGGCUUGGGAUUUACCAUUGUCGGUGGUGAUGACACCGUGGAAGAAUUUCUGCAAAUUAAAAGCGUCGUGCCAAACGGUCCAGCAUGGUUGGAUGGGAAACUACAAACCGGAGACGUGUUAGUAUAUGUUAAUGACACCUGCGUGCUAGGAUUUACCCAUAACGAAAUGGUGAAUGUAUUCAAGUCUAUCGGUAGCGGCGAAACAGUAAGUUUGGAAGUGUGUCGAGGUUAUCCGUUGCCUUUCGACCCCAACGAUCCUAAUACGGAAGUGGUAACAACGAUCGCCGUCAAUGCGCCAGAAGAUCCCGCGAUGUACAUGGAUCUAAACUCGUCUCUUCAAGAUAAUGGACGUUUCAAUUUUCUGGAUUCCACAUUCUUGCCAGUGCACAAUCUUCAAAACGGCGAGAAUCUUGCCACAACGUCGGUUAAUUCGAUGCCCGAUCUCUGCAUUUCGGAUAAAAUCAACACGAUUAAGAGACCGAACAGCACAGACAUUCUGCUAUCAGAGAGCAGCGAUUUGAACGACUGUAAAAACUCGCCGGUGUCUUCCAAGCCGGAAUUUCUCAGCAUUGCUAUCGUGAAGGGAGCUAUGGGAUUUGGAUUUACGAUAGCAGAUUCUGCCCACGGUCAGAAAGUCAAGAAGAUCUUGGAUCGUCAACGUUGCAAGAAUUUAAUGGAGGGCGAUAUACUGGUUAAUAUAAAUGAGAUCAAUGUCAGAAAUAUGUGCCACUCGGAAGUAGUGCAAGUAUUGAAGAAUUGCCCCCGCAACGAGGAGGCUUUGAUACACGUUCAACGAACGACAACAAAGUCGACGAAAGAGAAGAAAGAGAAGAAUAUGCAAGACUUUUUCAGAAGUAAGACGCCCACCGCAGAUAUUUAUAGCACUCAAUCAAAGACGAUAAUACCUAGUAGACCAAAAACGCCCUUGAUCGACACCAGGACUCAUCCUAAAUCUCCAACUAGCGCGAGCAGAUCGAACUGGAAUGACGAGCAGGGAGAGAACGAAUUGAAUCCGCUAGAUAAUCAUUAUAAAUAUGCUGAUUAUUCACACGGAAUGUAUUACUCGGAUCCGUACAAAGCCAACAUCACGGCCAACUUGACAGACAAUUUCACGGUGAUGAAUCUCGACGACGAUUCCGUUAGGAAUGUGUCGAAACGCGACUGGAUUGCAAAUGAUAAAUUGAAUAUCAACAAUGAUGUAUAUUCCAUCGACAUCUCGCAUCACGACAAUAUGCUCAAGCAAAAUGGAUAUUUGCAUUCCGAUUAUUACAAGGAUGUUUAUCCUGUUCAAUCGCAUUCCCAAUAUAACGAGGAUUAUAGUAUGUAUUCCAUUGGACAGGAGCAAAACGUUGAUACCGGUGAAAUCUGGGAUAAGAGAAAAGAAACAACCAGUUUUGAACACGAACAGCCACAUUCCAGUUCUAUACCUCGGUAUCCUCAAUACCCAAGCGAAUUGGUCUGUCCAAUGGUUCCUGAUAUAGAAUGGAUAGAAACUCUAGUAACUUUAGUCAGACAAGAUACUGGAUUUGGAUUCAGAAUAGUGGGUGGUACAGAAGAAGGAUCUCAGCAGGUUUCGGUGGGUCAUAUAGUUCCCGGUGGAGCGGCCGAUCUUGAUAGCAGACUCAAUACUGGCGAUCUAAUCAUGUCCGUCGACGGGGAAAGCGUCAUGAAUUCUUCUCAUCAUCACGUGGUGCAGUUAAUGAUAGCAGCGGCGCAAAACGGACGAGUAACUCUAGGAAUACGACGUCGAAUCAAUACGCAGGAACAUCUUCAAGAAAAUCUUCAAUCCUCUUACAGUCGGCAGAUGAAUCUUCAGUAUCCAUAUGAUGUUACCGUCACUCGAAUGGAGAAUGAAGGAUUCGGUUUUGUGAUAAUCUCGUCCGUUAAUAAAGCCGGCUCCACGAUUGGCAGGAUAAUUGAAGGCUCGCCCGCUGAAAGAUGCGGGAGAUUAAACGUCGGAGAUCAUAUUCUCGCUGUCAAUCACAUCGAUAUUACGAAUGUUUGCCAUAAGGACAUUGUCAAUUUAAUCAAAGAUUCUGGUUAUUCUGUUACAUUGACGAUUGGAUAUCCGCUUGAUGAUUGCUGUAGCAAUACAUCUCUUUCUCAAAAGGAUGAACUUACAGGAGACGGAGAUGGGGGCCAGUAUCAUGCUGUAGAACUUACUCGGGGUACCCGAGGUUUUGGCUUCAGCAUACGAGGUGGUCGCGAGUUUCAAAACAUGCCGUUAUUUGUCUUACAGAUCGCUGAGAAUGGACCAGCGUCUAUUGACAAUCGGCUUAGAGUUGGAGAUCAGAUAAUCGAGAUAAACGGUAUUAAUACCAAAAACAUGACGCAUACAGAAGCGAUUGAAAUUAUACGUAACGGUGGACCAUCUGUUCGUCUGUUAGUACGACGUGGCUGCCAAAUGCCUUCAGUGUGAUGUAGUCAUGGACUUAAUGUAAAUUUUGUCAUGAACGAAAAUGUCUACUUGAUUUUGUUUAAAAAUAGCACUAAGCUAAAUUUAAUAACACCAAAUGAUGACUUUCAAAGAUAAGUAAUGCGCGGCAACGAUAAAAAAAUUUCUUUAAUUAUUGUGCAUGCAGAUAAAUGUCUUAAAUAUUCUCUAGUGAGAGAAAUGAUAUUUGAUAAGGAACACACAGAUGACUUUUUUUCUUGCAGCUAUCAUUACGCAGCUUGCAAAAGUUUUAAUAUAAGGACAAUCGUACUUGCUCAUCCUAACAAAAUUAGGCUGGUGCUAACCUAGUUUUUUUUUUAUUGCUCUAAUUGCAGAGUAAAUGUAAUUCAUCCUAACAUGUGUGAUAGCUUUGAAAGUAUUGUGCCUUGUUACACGUGUGUUCCAUAUUUAAUGAAAAUUAUUAAGCAAAUAUCACAGCCUUCAAAAGUGAUUAUAAACGUACAUUGAAAUUCAUUAUAGAGUAAUCUCACAAUCGACCAAAUAAGUAUUCGACCGAACGAUGAGGGCAAGCAUUUAUCGAAAUUACCCGAGAGGGGUGUGCCCUCCAAAAAACGUCAGAAAGUUCGAUUUUCCAUUUCAUUGAACUGCUGUUCAUCC